UUCCGGCGUGAGGCGGAAGUAGAAGCAGGGGACUUGUGGAGGUGACCGAAUGGCAGACGGCAGAUUCGGUUUGGAAAUAUUAGAUUAGCGCGCAUUAGAAGCAACCAGAAUAUAUUCAUUUUAGCUAAAAGUGCGUGAACAUCGUCGGUGCCAUGGGAGCUCACCUGGUCAGACGGUAUGUGACCGAGACUGACACCGAGCCGGACCCAGCUAGGAAAAAUGAAUUCGACCCCCAGUUUGGAUUUCCAGAGAGGAAGGAGAGAGAGAUGGUAGCAAGCCAGGAGCAGAUGAACUUGGCCCAGCUGCCUUUGGAGCAGAGGGACUAUUGUGCCCAGUACCUCCUGAAACUCAUGAAAUGCAAGAGAGACAACUGGCCCAACUUCCUGGCGUGCAAGCAUGAGAGACACGACUGGGACUACUGCGAACACCAGGACUAUGUGAUGCGUAUGAAAGAGUAUGAGAGAGAGAGGAGGCUCCAGCUGAGGAAGAAGAGAAUCGAAGCUCAGGCUGAGGCUGCAUGAUCAGCCUCUGAUACCAUUUCUCUGUAUAUAUGUGCUGUGGUUCACAAUAAACAAUAUUGUUUAAGCUCUA